AUGAAAGGACUUGUUACGUUGGUUACUGGUGGCGCAUCUGGAUUAGGUUUCGCGUGUGCUCAACGUUUUCUGCGACAAGGUGCACGUGUUAUUAUCUGCGAUUUACCAACAUCAAAAGGUACAGAAGUUGUUCAGUCAUUAACCGAUAUUCAACAAUCAGUAGCAGCCAAAUCAAAUAUAAAUAAGUUAGAUAAUGAAGAUGGACUUAGUGACGAUUCUACAAAUAUUGAUACAACUCAAACGGGAAAUGUAAAUUUAGAAGAGCAGCAAAGAGCAUUAAGAGGUGAACGAAUAACAUCGAGCGUACCAGGAUCAUCAAUCUCGACACCAUCAUCUUCUAAGUCGUUAUUGACAGAACAAGCCAUGUUUUAUCCAAUUGAUGUUACAAAUGAAAAUGAAGUUCAACAAGUAUUUGAUCGUGUUAAACAAACUCAUGGUCGACUAGAUGCUGUUAUUAAUUGUGCUGGAAUUGCGUGUGCAUUUCGAACAUAUAAUAUUAAUAAAAGAUCAAUGCACGGUUUAGAUGAAUUUCAAAAAGUUAUGAAUGUUAAUGUUGUUGGAACAUUUAAUGUUUUGAGAUGGGCAUGUCAUUUGAUGGCUGAUAAUCAACCAAAUGAAAAUGGUCAACGUGGUGUGAUUAUUAAUACGGCAAGUGUGGCUGCAUACGACGGACAAAUUGGACAAGUAGCCUAUGCAGCAAGUAAAGGUGCUAUUGCAUCGAUGACAUUACCAUUGGCACGAGAUUUAUCGAAUAUGGGUGUCAGAGUUUGUGCUAUUGCACCCGGUGUAUUUAAUACCUCGAUGUUGAAAGGAUUACCAGAAAAAGUAAAAACACUAUUGGGUAAUAUGGUACCAUUUCCUACUCGUCUCGGCAAACCGGAUGAGUUUGCUCAGUUGGCGCAAUCGAUUAUCGAAAAUCCAUAUUUAAAUGGCGAAGUUAUUCGUUUAGAUGGUGCAUUGAGAAUGCCACCAUAA